UAUCAUUGUUUACAAUUUGUUGCGUUUAAAGAAAUGUAACAAAUUAAUUUUUCGGAAAGAAAUUUAAUAUUUCAAUGAAAUUAUUUUCAUAAAAUGGCAGAUGAUAAUGUUCUUUUCAUACGGGGAAAUGGAAAUAGCACAGAGCAUAGUGAAGAUGUGUGGGAUGAUAGUGCAUUAAUAAAAGCAUAUGAUAAAGCAAUAAACUUAGCAAAAGAAGAAGUAGGCAAGCGUAUGGGAAUAGGCAUUAAAAAUUCUGAAUGCAAACAAAAGUUACAAAAGCAAUCUAAGCUUACAAGCAAACCAUACAAGAAAUGGAUUGUAGGGGCACCUUGUCGUGCAGUAUACUCAGAAGAUGGUGAAAUUUAUGAAGCAAUAAUAACAAAAAUUUAUGAAAAUAAUGGAACUUGUAUUGUAAAAUUUAUUUUUUUUUUAAUAUGUUUAGGUUAUGGCAAUACGGAGAAAGUAGAAUUGAAUUCUCUUUUGGAAUCAGAAGGUUUACAAAGUCAGAUAGCUCAACAAAAAAAUGCUAUGGAACAUAAAUUUGAUGAAGAAAAUGAAGAGAUUAGUGAAUCAAAUUUUUCUACAAAUAUGAAUUCAAGAAAAUAUAGUGGAGAAAAAAUGGAUUGUGAAUCUGAAGAAACAAAAACUUACAAACAUCAAUUUAUGCCUGGAACAUCUUUUAAUUUAAUGGCAGAUACAAUGCCACCUGCACCUCCUUUACCUCCACAAUUAAUGGCUAAAUUACCAGAUAAUGAUGCAGAAGCACUUUCGAGUAUGUUAAUGUCAUGGUAUAUUAGUGGUUUUCACACAGGUUAUUAUCAUGGUUUAAAACAAGCAGAGAAGAAUCAAAUAAAAAGAAAAAAUUGUUGAUUAUACAUCCUUUUAACAUGAAAUACAAUUUUUAUAUAAUAAGAAUAAUAAUAUUGAUAUAAAAAAUCA